AUGUAUCAUCAUGAUAGUAAUUUUUCAAUUCAAGCAACAACUACAUUUGGACAGAAUAAAAAUGAAUAUAGAUUUCGACCAUGGCUUACAGAUCCGGGUUCACCUGAAGCAUGUAUUGAAUAUUUUCAUCGAAAUAAAUUACACUGUUCUAUACCAGGAUAUGAAGAUGCUACUGCUUAUGAACUUAUAACAUUGACAGGAUUGGCAACAAAAUCUAUAAAAAAUAUUGAUAUUAAAGCUAUUCAACAACGAUGGCUUAAUAUUGAUUCACAUUGUGUUUUCGACAUUUAA